UGCGCCAGUCUUGCGUAUCUAAAUCGCGCUUGCGCACAAACGAAAGCCCUCUUUUUGGACCCUGCCGCUUCCAAGAUGGCAAAGCGCACUAAGAAGGUAGGCAUAGUUGGGAAAUACGGAACCCGCUAUGGUGCAUCCCUCAGGAAGAUGGUUAAGAAGAUUGAAAUUAGCCAACAUGCUAAAUAUACUUGCUCCUUCUGUGGCAAGACAAAGAUGAAGAGAAAGGCUGUUGGAAUUUGGAACUGUGGGUCCUGCAUGAAGACUGUUGCUGGUGGAGCUUGGACAUACAAUACCACAUCUGCAGUUACAGUAAAGUCUGCCAUCAGAAGACUUAAGGAGCUGAAAGACCAAUAGAUGACCCCAGUGUGGAUGAUCAACCCAUUUUUUUGUACAGUUCAAUAGUGAAACCUGUGACUAUGUACUCUUGGGAAGAAACAUCAAAUUUCUUUAUAAUAAAGAAAUGUUCAGUUGUCA